GGGCUGGCGUCCCUGAAUGGGCUGGGUGCUGCCCUCACAUGACAGCAUGCCUGGCUCAUUAAACGUGACGCUGCCAGUCCAAAGCCAUCUGGGAGAAAAAUAUCCGCCGUGUGGCAGCAGUUCACUGAAGCUGGUGCGGCGGCGAGCUAGGCCAGGACUAGCAGGCUGAAGUGGGAAAUUGCGGGAGUGUGUCCCAUGUGGCUUCCUCUAUUUACCUUCUGGGCCAGAUGUUGUUGUUGUUGUCAGUGCCUGCUGUGGGUGGAUCAAGAAGUUUAAAAAUAACGAUUUGUUGUGGACGGAGCAGGCACACCAGUCUUUUCCUAAUUUAGACAGAUGUACAUUGAAGCGAGGUGGGCGGGCCACCGGUUCAGCAAAACCGAUGUUUGCGUGUUUAUGGCCCGCAAUUCAAGCUCCGACAGGAGGGAAAACCGGGCGGCAACUACGACGAUACACAAUAAACGCAGUGCCGCCGAUUACUCCCUGUUCCCAGGAACCCGAGUCCUAUUUUUAAUUAGGCACGUCAUCGGGUCGCCCAGAACAGCACGGAGCGGAGGGACUGGGGCCUGCUGCUCACAGUGGGAGUUGGACGAGGGGAGGGAACAGUGCGCCUUGCAUGGCUCGCCGCUUGUCGACUGCGAGAAAAAGCAAUACAGCAAUAGGAAUGUUUGUACUCCGUCGUGUGCGCUUUUACUCGGGGUUCCUUUUUGGACGCCGGCGUGUUUGACUCGAGGCGAAACGGAAACAACACGGGCGCAAGCCGCCACUCCUGGGGCUUACUUGUCCGAUGGCAGAGCCUUGCUCUCCCCCAAGAGCACACCCCUCAACAGAAAAUUGGAUGAUAGAAUCGCUUCAAAUAAACGUGCAGGCGGAAAUUUCCUCCUUUUGCUGGCCCACCUUUUCUCCUCUUGGCUUCUUGUUCAAGCUGGCAUCCUGUAUUCAUUCUUUCUCCUCUUCUCUGCCGCCCUACUACUUAUUGUUUAUCCACACGAAAAGAAUAAACCCAGCGCGCGCAGACCUUUGCUCCGCAAUACUCCUCCAGGGCCCCUCGUUCUGCCCUCGUAUUCCCCUCGCUGUAAUCCCGCAAUCGCUCGUAUUCAUUUUCAACGCACAAUCUCUCUUUGGCUGAGGGGCAAAUCAUCGUAGCACAUACGCUCCCCUCCUCCUCGUUAUUUGUUAGAUUUCCAACCCGCGCCCCACCACGCAGGCUCUAACUUUCUGCUUUCCCUCUCCAUACGUACUGUGCAUCCUCCAAGUAUUUUCAAACUCCACACCGGCCCUGCAAGAAAAGCUUUUUUGUAGGGAGCAGGGUUUAACAAACAUUCCUGCUCGUCCUUUUUAUCUGCACACGCAUUUUUCUUUGCUUUCUU